AUGGCUGCAGACACUAUCAAAACACCCGACAUCUCUGGCGAUGAUGAGGAAAAGACGCUCCCGCCAUCGCCGCCGCCAAUGCCACCUGCGGAUCCCGCGACCGAUAUCCCCAAUGGCGGCGUCCAGGCUUGGCUACACGUCCUCGGAGCGUUUAUGCUGUACUUCAACACCUGGGGCAUCCUCAACACGUUUGGAGCCUUUCAAACCUUUUACAGCUCCGGCACUCUAUUCACACAGACUUCGUCCAACAUCUCGUGGAUUGGCUCCAUCCAGGCCUUUCUCGUCCUGUUUACGGGCUUCCUCUCCGGACCCAUUUACGAUCGUGGACACCUACGGGCUCUACUGCUCGUUGGGUCAUUUCUGGUCGUCUUUGGCAACAUGAUGCUAAGUCUAGCCACUGAUUACUGGCAAGUCGUCCUGGCCCAAGGCGUGUGUAUUGGUCUUGGGUCGGGCCUCAUUUACGUGCCCGCCGUGGCCAUUUUGCCCACCUACUUCAACACGCGACUCGGCCUCGCCAUUGGCCUUGCAGCUUCGGGAUCAAGUAUAGGUGGCAUGAUCUAUCCCGUUGUUUUCUACAAGCUCAUCAACGACAUUGGUUUUGGGUGGAGCGUCCGCGUCCUCGGCUUCAUCGCCUUGGCCACACUCUCCAUCCCCAACUUGGUCAUGAAGAUGCGUGUGAAGCCGUCCAAGGCGCGUGCUCUACUCGAUACUUCUGCCCUAACGGAUUGGCCCUUUCUUGUUUUUACCCUGGCCACUCUGAUUGGCUUCAUGGGUCUCUAUACCAUGUUCUUCUAUCUGUCGUAUUAUACCAAGGCCAGGCACAUCACGUCGACGGCUCUGUCAUUUUAUAUCGUGACGAUUCUCAACGCAGCCUCCAUUUUUGGGCGCACCAUUCCCAACGCAAUUUCUGACAAGACCGGGGCUUUCAACCUCAUCGGUCCAGGUGCUGUGGUUGUUAGUGUCAUCAUCUUUGGCAUGCUUGGUGCAAAGUCCGUUGCCAGCGUCGUCAUUCUAGCGAUUCUCUUUGGAUUCUUCUCGGGUAUAUUCAUCGCUCUGCCUCCAGUCUGCAUUAUUCGACUCACCCAAGACCGCGCCAAGAUUGGUACACGAAUGGGCAUGGCAUUUGGCAUCAUUGGUCUGGGCGUUUUUGUCGGCGGGCCAGGCGGUGGUGGCAUACUUGCUAGUGCCGGCGGCGAUAAUUUUAACGGUCUCUGGAUAUUCGGUGGUGUCGCAUGUUUGGUCUCAAGUGCCUUGUUUAUCAUAGUCAGAGCUUGGAAAGCUGGGUUUAAAAUGGUCAAGGUAUAG